AUUAUUCUGAGUAACGAAACGAUGCCAAUGAUUUGACAGAAUUUGUUUUGAAGUCAAAUUCAGAAAUAAUCUCUUAUUUUACAGGCUAUAACUUUGUAUUUUACAAUAAAUCACAAAUAUUCAUUACAUUUUCAACCACCUAACUUUACGAGCUACUAAGAAAUCAAGAUGAGUUUUGGACUACCAUCCGUUAAAGUUAAGCCUGAACAUGUCAGCAAUGUCAAGGUCCAAGAGGGUCCAUUUGGAGUACCAGACCCCUUUGUUGCCGGCAUGGGUGCCACUAAACCCAAGCUUGGCCAGUCUCACCCACUUGAACACUCGGAAAAGAAUUACCACCUGAAUGUGGACAAAAUGAACCUGGCUAUGCUGAGGAAUGUGCAGGGGCUGCACGCGCCCAUGAAGCUGCAGAUGGAGAGAAAGUUUGCCAGCAAGAUCGGUCACCUGCCGUUCCUCCCACGGUCCAACAUGCAGAUGGAAGUGCUGACCGGCAGACAUGUGGAGAUCGGCUUCGAAGACAUCCUCAAUGUGCCCGAGUUCUGUGAAGUCUCCGGUCAACCCCAUGCUAUGGUUGAGCGCUCUCUGGGUCUGCUAUGAUUUGAUUACUUCUUAUAAAAUAAUAUUAUGUGUAAUUUAAGUUGGUACAGAAAAAUUCAAUAAAAACCUUUACUGUAAGUA